AUGUCAGACUUAAAGUUAGUUGUUGACAAAGUAAGUCCCGUCAUAGCUAAUAUAGUUAACAUGUCGGUAAAGCAACAUAGGUUUCCGAAUAAAUUAAAAGAAGCCAUAAUUCGUCCAGUCCAUAAAAAGGGUGAUCGAAAAGUUUUUUCAAACUAUAGACCAAUUGCUAUAUUAUCAAGUAUUGACAAAAUUAUCGAGAAAUGCAUAACAAAUCAACUAGGGUUUUAUUUGCAAAAAAAUAACAUAUUAAAUGAAUGUCAGCACGGUUUUCAGAGGGGCAAAAGCACUAAUACUUUAUUAUCAAAAUUCACUGAUGAAAUUAAUUCGAAUUUAGAAAAUAAAAAAUUUGUUGUUGCUAUUUUUUACGAUUUCAAAAAAGCAUUUGAUACCUUAGAUACAGAAACACUUUUAAAUGGAAUGGACGAAUGUGGCGUGGGACAGCCGCUAAACCAGUGGUUCCGUGACUAUCUCACAUCGCGCAUUUUCCGUGUAAAGGUUGGUGACACGCUUAGUGAGGCGCAUGAGGUGAAAUGUGGGGUGCCACAAGGUUCGGGGUGUGGGCCUAUUUGCUACUUACUACAUGUUAAUAGCCUAUGUGACGUUCUUCAGUAUUCCUCUGCAUACAUGUUCGCAGAUGACCUAUGUACACUACGGGCUGGUACCAAUCUAGUGGAGACGUGUCACCUAAUACAGCAAGAUAUAGAUUCGGUAGUUAAAUGGUCUCAUGAUAAUGGCAUCGUCUUAAACUCAGAUAAAACCAAGUUUCUUAUCAUUCAGUCACCUUAUAUGUGUUAUACUGACUCGUCUCCUCAAAUGUAUAGUCAUAACUUUGAAUGCCUCCAUAAUGGUCAGAAUAGUUGUCAAUGUGAGCCUAUCAAAAAAGUCGAUUGUGUAAGCUACCUCGGUGUUAAAGUUGAUACUAACUUCUCGUGGUCCAGCCAUGUAGAUUAUAUUUGUAAUAAGUUAAGAUUACUUCUAAGCAAAUUUUAUCACUUAAGCUUUAAAGUUCCUUCUGCUACUUUAAAAUGCUUAUAUUUUUCAUUGGUAGAUUCGAUUUUGGGAUACGCCCUUGACAGUUACGGUCUUACAUUCAAAAUCUACAUUGAUAAGCUUGAAGCACUACAAAUUAGAUUUUUAAAGUUACUAGUUAAUAAAAAAACUAAAGAUAUCUGUAAAGGUGAUUACACAAAAUUGUUCAAAAUCUGCAAAAUACUUCCAGUAAGUUUAAAACAUAAGUAUUUACUUGCCUUAAAUAAUUACAACUGUCGAGAACGUACUCUAAUACUAGUUAAGCAUGGUCAGGGUACACGGUCGAUAUCUGCAGGCAAAUUUGUAGUACCUAAAGUAAAUAAUUACUACGGGGAUAGAACUUUAAAGAAACGUCUACCGUACUUUCUCAAUACACUACCUGAGGAUAUUCGACGUGAACCAGUAAAAAACAUAUUUAAAAACAAAUUAAAGCAAUAUUUAUUGGCUAGUCUUAGUGCUUAA